AAGUAUAACUAUUUGCUGACGAGAGACUUUAGUAAUCUGUGUGAACAGUUAGGUUGCAACUAGUUGCAAGUUGACUUAAGAUUUGCGAAAUAGUGUUGUUUCCAAUUGUUCAUUAAAAUUAAAUGGGCUUUGAAAAAACAAAACAAACAAACAACAUUAUGGAGUACCAAUGAAUAUAGUAUAGACUGUACAGAGUACAAAUGAGAUAUGAGCUAAAUCAGAGUCUGCUAUGAAUUUAUUUGAGCAGAGCGAAUGCAAGCCACUAUUAUUAGUUCAUCAUAAACAACUAUUUAAAAUGAAGCAACAUCAGCGAAAGUUAAUAAAUCCAUUAUUGAUUCUAAAUUAAACACAUUGUCAUUCUUUAAAUACAGAACCGGUCUGAUUCAAUCAGAAUGUGUUCUGACAAGUUAGGCUAAUUAAACAGAUAAGUAGCGUGGGAAACUAAAACUAGCUCUUUCGCAGUGUUUUCAACCAGUACAUGUCUAGGUGCAAUUAACUAACCCCAAGAAAUUAAGUCAGUGAUAUAUAUCUAUAUUGCAGUUUGGCCUGCUUAAAUAGUGGUUACAGAGGCCACAACAUGCAAUGUUAUCAAGCACAAAGGGAAAUACAGAAACCACUGGAAUGUUCCUAUGAUUAUCUACCAGUUUGUGGCAUAGAAAGUGCUGUUAUUUUUUUCCAAAAGUUUUCACCAAGUUUCCAUGUAAACAGAUCAGUCCAAUGGCUGCGUCGUGUGUGACCAAGGUGGAGCUGACAAUCUCCUGUGAAAACCUGCUGGACAUGGAUGUGACCUCCAAAUCUGACCCGCUGUGUGUCCUGCUCAUGAACACAUCGGGAAACCAGUGGUUUGAGGUCGAUCGCACUGAGAGGGUUAAGAACUGCUUGAACCCCAAAUUUGCCAAGAAGUUUGUUGUCGAUUACUACUUUGAGGUUGUUCAGAAACUCAGAUUCAGCGUUUACGAUAUUGACAAUAAAACCGUUGACUUGAGCGAUGACGACUUCCUGGGUGAGUUCGAGUGCUCGUUGGGACAGAUUGUUUCCAGUAGCAAGCUGACGAGACCUUUAGUGCUGAAGAACAAGAAACCUGCAGGAAAGGGAAUGAUUACGAUCAGUGCGGAGGAAAUCAAGGACAACAGAGUAGUGGAUUUUGAGAUGGAGGCCAGAAAACUGGACAAAAAGGAUUUCUUUGGAAAAUCAGACCCCUACCUGGAAUUUUACAGGCAGACGGAAACAGGCUGGCAGCUUGCUCACAGAACUGAGGUUGUGAAGAAUAACUUGAAUCCUUGCUGGAGGCCUUUUAAAAUCCCUCUACGGUCUCUCUGUGCAGGAGACAUGGAGAAACCAAUCAAGGUUGAAUGUUACGAUUAUGACAACGAUGGAUCUCAUGAUUUGAUAGGGAUUUUUGAGACCAAUAUGAAGCGUCUGCAAGAGGCAUCCCGCAGCGCUCCGGCAGAGUUUGAGUGCAUAAACAGUAAAAAGAAACAGAAGAAGAAAAAUUAUAAGAACUCUGGAGUCGUGAGUGUGAAGGUUUGUCAGAUUACCAGGGAAUACACCUUUUUGGACUACAUCAUGGGAGGCUGCCAGAUAAAUUUCACUGUGGGCAUAGACUUCACAGGGUCAAAUGGUGACCCCAGGUCACCCGAUUCUUUACAUUACAUCAGUCCUCAAGGAGUGAAUGAAUAUCUCUCAGCCAUCUGGUCAGUUGGGCUCGUGGUCCAGGACUAUGACAGUGACAAAAUGUUUCCUGCGUUUGGAUUUGGCGCCCAGAUUCCUCCUUCAUGGCAGGUGUCUCAUGAGUUCCCUCUCAACUUCAAUCCCGCAAAUCCGUUCUGUGCUGGUGUGGAGGGUGUGGUGGAGGCCUACAGGAUAUGCCUUCCUCAGGUCAAACUUUACGGGCCUACGAACUUCGCUCCCAUUAUUAACCACAUGGCUAGUUUCGCACAGCAGGCUUUACAGCAGAAGACAGCGUCGCAAUACUUUGUCCUGCUGAUCAUCACGGACGGAGUGAUCACAGACAUGGACCAGACGCGUGGAGCUAUAGUGGCCGCCUCCCGCUUGCCCAUGUCAAUCAUCAUUGUGGGCGUAGGCAAAGCCGACUUCACAGAUAUGGAGAUUCUGGACGGAGAUGAUGGGCGACUGAGGUCUGUCACGGGAGAACCGGCCGUACGUGACAUUGUGCAGUUUGUGCCCUUCAGAAAGUUCUUAAACUCUCCUAAAGAAGAGCUCUCCAAGUGUGUUCUGGCCGAGGUUCCUGGUCAGGUCGUCAACUUCUUUAAAAUGAUGAAGCUCCCGCCUCCGACAUCAAACACUCCAGUGGAAGCUCAAACCGGGCCGACACAGAACUGAACUCCACAGCUGGACAUCAUCAACCUGCUCAUCUAACUUUAGGCCUUCUUAAAGAGACAUACAGUGCCACUUGAUACAUUUGUGUUGGUUUAAAUUUCAGUUAUUUGUUUGUUUACUUUUUAAAAAUCAUUUAAUAUGUAUUCAUGUUUUGUUCUGU